AUGAAGCAAGCGCAAAGCCUGCUGUCGACAUUACGUCGUGCGGCGUCCACCCUGACCAAGGAGGCCGGUGACAUCAGCUCCGUGUUCCCCUCGUUGUCGGGCAAGGCGCCGGAGCCGCUGCCGGCGCGGUUUGCGGAUCUGAAGAGGUCGUUGAUCGCCGGUCACGAGGAUGCCGUGGGCGAGUCGUGGCACCGGUUGCUCGGGAGUUUGAAGGCAGAGAUCGAGGAGAUCAGGCUCAAGGGGAGUACAGUCAUCCCGGAGAUUGAGUUUCAAGAUAUUGUGAACGGCAAGGUGGCCCAGUCGAGCUUGGAUGCAGUACGGCAUCGAGGCACGGCGGUCAUUCGUAAUGUUCUGCCAAGACAGCAAGCUCUGGAUCUCAAGCAGCAGGCGAGGGAGUACAUUGCUGCCAAUCGAGACAAAGUCAAGGCGUUCCCACCGGACGACCCGGCAGUCUAUGAGCUAUACUGGACACCUUCGCAAGUGCAGGCGCGGGCACACCCGAACAUGCUCAAGGCUCAGCAAUUCAUGGCGUCGUUCUGGCACUCGUCCGACCCGGCCUCGGAGAUCUCGACCACGUAUCCCCUCUCUUAUGCUGAUCGAUUUCGCAUUCGGAGGCCCGGCGAUGCCAAGUUCGCUUUGGGCCCGCAUACCGAUGGAGGGAGUGUCGAGAGGUGGGAGGAUCCCGAGUACUCACGUGUGUAUCAGGCGAUUCUGCGAGGUCAGUGGGAGAGAUAUGAUCCGUUCGAUGCACGGCAUCGCAUCACGGCCAACAUGGACCUGUAUAACGGUGCGGGUGCGUGUAGCAUGUUUCGGCUUUUUCAGGGCUGGUUGUCCAUGUCAUCGACUGGGCCAGGAGAAGGGACGUUGAAAGUGUGUCCUUUGCUUCGACACGCGACAUCGUAUUUGAUGUUGAGACCUUUCUUUGACCUCGCCACAGGGAAGCCAAACAUGGACGCAGUCUUCCCCAAUUCAGUGCCUGGAGCUUGCCAGGAAUACAAUCCCCUGACUCACCCGGAUCUGGAUCUCGAAACGACAAUGGUCAGUAUGCCACAGGUCGAGCCCGGUGACUAUGUCGCGUGGCACUGUGAUACCAUUCACGCGGUCGACAAGGAACACCGUGGCACCGGGGAUAGCAGUGUCCUGUAUAUCCCGGCUUGCGCCAUGACGAGGUCGAACCUUGAAUUCUUGACGAGACAACGCUCGAGUGCUUUAAGAUACAGCCCUGGCCCGGAUUUUCCAGGUGCGGGAGGCGACGGCGAGCUUGGCUUCACAAAUGCUGUUGAUUGGAAUACGCUGGAUCAAGGGGGGAAGAGGGCUAUGGGAAUGGGGAAGGUGUCUUGGGACAUUCAGCCAGGUAUGAGCUCAGGAGAGCAGAGAAUUAUUGAGGAAGGUAACAAGGCAUUGUUUGCAUGA